UUACUUUUGACAAAUCACGUUCCUUGCCGCCGUGGCUUACAUUUAGGCCCGCUGCUCUCGCGAUCCUUCUCUCGCUCUAUGACAACCCGUCUCUGCUUUGGAGUUUACCUCUCAGAUCAGAGAGAUGACGGUGGAACUGGAGAAGUUUAGCUGUAAGCAGGAGAUGCAGAAGAAAGCGAAGGACACUGGAGACCAGGGCUAUUUGAUGGUGGAGUUUGGAGAUUUUAAGGGUCGCUCCAUGAAGGAAGUUUAUGAGGACCAGAGCCAGAAGGCCCAGGCCCUCAUCAAUUACCUGAAGACUGCUGAUGCCCGGCCCAACACCAACAUGGCCAUUUUCAAGACGUAUGUCUUGAAGAGACGCGCUGCAGCCACCACCCUCCCAUCUUCAGCCUCCACUUCCACUGGACGUCCUCCUGCGCCCUCCACUUCCACUGGACGUCCUCCUGCAUCCUCCACUUCCUCUGCACCCCCAGCAGGAUUCCAAAGUGGCGCAUGGAAGCCCGCCACUGUGAAAUCUCUGCUGGCGCGUGGGAAACUGUCUCCUUCACAGCUGGUGAAAAAGUUGAUGUCACCAGUUAAACUCUCUCCUGCACCGCAGCUCACCUCACCCCGACCUUCAAAACCCCGGCAGCUUUUCCCUUCUGACUCUGCUGAGAUUGAUGAUGAGGAAAUGGUAUCUGCUGCAGCGCAGUGUGAGGCACAGCUGAAUACAGCUCUUGCAGCCACGGUGCCUCGUGAUGCCUGUGCUGAUCCUCCACCAGCAGCUCUCCUUCAUCAACCUUCAGCUGAGCUUCCCAGUCACUGGAAGGAUCAGCUUCCACCUUACCAGCACGAGUGGAUACGGCACACUCUGUUCAAGGCCAACCCACGUACUGGCAAGCCAGAGCUGGUGUCACCGCUGAAGCUUUGGUGGUAUCCUCCUCAGCCCGCCCUCAUUCACACCCAGCCUCCCGCCUCGCCUGACCACUUCUUCUGUCGGCCGUUGUUCCUGUGGAUGCCCCAGAAGAUGUGGCUGUUUCCUCUAGUCUGUGUUCGUCCAGCCUGCGGCAAGCACAGACUAACAGCCGCGGGAGUGUACAGAACAGUGCGGAAGGUGCUGGACAUCGACGGGUGGUAUGACCUUGCCACUGAGUACCUGGAGUGCAAGCGCUGUUCCAAAAAGUAUCCUGCUUGGUCUGAAGACAUCUUAGGCCAGCUGGAUGUGGGCCACCGCAGCAAGUUUCCAGCUUUGCUCACUUACAGAUACUCGUGUGGCAUCCGUGUGCUGAGGAUGAUGAGGGAGAGGACAAUGGGAAACAGCAUGACCCAGCUGUACAAAAAGCUGCAGGAACAGCAUAGCGAGGCAUGGAUGGAGCGUGUCCUGCAGUACCUGACAGCUUGUGAACCAUUCACAAGGUCCGCUGUUGUCCGUCCCUCUGUCUUUGCUGAGCCUCCCUGCUUACCUGCCCUACCCAAGCCCAAGUGGCUGUUAGCAGUUUAUGCCAGGGAUGUUCUCAGCCGGCUGCAUGAGGUGAAGGCCAAAAUCACCUCCAUCUUUGGCUCUGUCCUCAAGAUGGACUCCACCAAAAAGGUCACGAAGAAACUCGCUGGUGCUGCUGCAGGUACAGCUGCCUGGUGCACCAAUGUUGGCAACGAGUACGGUCAAGUCCUUGUCUCGGUUCUGACAGCUGGUGAGGGACAAGCACUUGACACCAUGGCAGCUGGCCUGUUGAAGCGGUACAGGGAGGCGGGUGAGGCGCCACCCAAGGUGAUCUAUGUGGACAGAGACUGCUGCAGUCAGCAUGGCCCUUGUCGGGUGAAAGCCAUGUUUGCAGGGUGGGAUGAGCUUCAGGUGCGGCUUGACAUCUGGCAUUUCAUGCGCCGUUUUGCUGCAGGUGUCACCACUGAGGCUCACCCCCUGUAUGGCAUCUUCAUGGCACGCCUGUCCACGUGCAUUUUUGAGUGGGAUCCAGAAGAUGUUGCUGCUCUUCGCCGUGCCAAGGAGGGUGAGCUUGCAGCAAGAAGUGUUGGCAACAUCUCGGAGGAGGCGGUGACCACUCGCAUCACUCGGAGGGAGUUGGCACUGCACUGCAGGAGGAGGACCCGAGGGGUGGAGGAGACCAACAGACUGAUCGGGUCACUGAUCAGUCUGUUUGACAGCGCGAGUGGGAAGGACACUCUGGGCGUUCCUCUGCUGGACCACGAACGGAUCCAGCAGAUAUGGAUGGAGCAGCAGAAACACCUUGGCUGUAUCCAAGACCCAGAAGACUUCCAGCUCUACAUCAAGACGGGCACCUUGAAGAAAGGCAACGUGGAGCUGUGCUGCUACAGGUGUGCCCGUGGCUCUACCUCCUUGGAGUCCUUUCACCUCCACCUGAACAGGUUUAUUCCAGGAACCAGUGCCAGUGAUGUGCAUUUCCAGGCGUAUCUUCUGGAAGGGCUGAUGCGCUGGAAUGACGACCGGAUGGAGGACGCUGUAAAGGGAGCACCUUCCAUCCGCUCCUACAGCAGUGCUCUCAGAGAGGCGGUGGACCAGCUCAGCCAAAAGGUGCUAGGGAGAUGCUGGGAUGAGCGCUAUCGCACCCCUGGAGCAUACACAGGUGAAUUGCUGGGGAUGGAGUACUUGUACAGCCAGACCGGCAAGGAACUGACGCCAGUGCUCCAGAACCCAGAGGAGGAGGACAGGCUGGUGGAGGAAGUCAAUGAUGAGGACUUCCAAGAUGAGGGCUUUGUUGAAGAGAGCAUGGAGGACAUCACAGUUCCGGUGCUGUAUGAGGAUGACCCCUCCCGUGCUCUGCAGAGCAGGCCCUCAUCGUUAACGAGUCCUCAGCCUUCUUCUCCUCCGCCUUCUGCGCAUCUGCCUUCCCCACCUCCGCCCUCUCCUCCUCCUCAGGCCCCUGCAUCACCUGCUGAUGUGCCGUCCAGCAGUAUGUCUGACGAGGCUCGAGUAAGACACUUUGAUAACUAUUUCAAUCCAAUCUCAAUGACAUUUUAUUUCACAUAUAUUACUAUUAAUCGAUUGAUUUACUAGGGAGCAGUGAUUGGACCGGAUGGGAUCGCUGGGUGGGACAAAGUCCAGGAUCUCGCUGUUUACCUGGUGGAUCUCCGUGAGGCUUCUUACUUCACUGAUCUGCAGGUGACCCAGAUCGUCCAGCUGUGGACAGCUCUCCCUG